AUGGAAGUACAAAACAAGAGAAGCAUGAGGCAACACUGUGCUCUGAAACAUGGAAUAUUCAAGGAAUUCCUGGCAGAAUUCCUUGGGACUUUUGUCUUGGUUUUAUUUGGAUGUGGCUCAGUUGCACAGACCGUCCUGAGUCGAAACACUUUGGGGGAACCGCUCACCGUCCACAUUGGCUUCUCUGUGGGUCUCAUGAUGGCAGUGUAUGUGGCCGGUGGAGUGUCAGGGGGCCAUGUGAACCCUGCUGUAUCUCUGGCCAUGGUGAUUCUGGGCAAACUGAAGAUCUGGAAGUUUCCCUUCUACGUCAUCGCUCAGUUUCUUGGUGCUUUUGCAGGAGCUGCUGCAGUGUUCGGGCUAUACUAUGAUGCAUUCAUGGAUUUCACCAGUGGGAUUCUGUCUGUGACGGGAAUCAAUGCAACAGGUCACAUUUUUGCCUCAUACCCUGCAAGACACCUGUCAGUCCUCGGCGGCUUCAUUGAUCAGGUGGUGGGGACAGGCAUGCUGGUUCUUUGUAUUCUUGCUAUCGUUGAUGGUGGAAACAUUGGAGCUCCUAAAGGCAUGGAGCCACUGGCCAUCGGCCUGAUCAUCAUGGCCAUCGGAGUGUCCAUGGGGCUCAACUGUGGCUACCCUCUGAACCCUGCCAGAGAUCUGGGACCACGACUGUUCACAGCAGUGGCAGGAUGGGGGAUAGAAGUCUUCAGCACUGCAGACAACUGGUGGUGGAUCCCAGUGGCAGGGCCCAUGGUGGGGGGCGUGGUUGCUGCCGUCAUUUACUUCCUGCUCAUUGAGCUGCACCACCCCCACGAUGAGGCUGAGAAGCCCACUGAGGAGGAGGAAGAGGAUGAGGAAGAAGAAGAUGAUGAGGACAGCAGUCUGAAGGAUAAAUAUGAGAUGAUUGCCAUGAGCUAGAAAGACACUGACCCUUCACUACUGACUGAUUUUGACCGUCAACCAGAUGGAGAACAGCCAGCACAGUUCCCAUGUGUGAGGACAGGCUCCCAUGUGUCAGUGUGCUUUCAAUACUAGCAAAAUAAGCUGUAGUUACAUUUCUGGUUGACGUCCUGCUCUGCAGAGACAAACUUCCCAGCCUCGUGCUGAUGCUGCCAAAAUCUCCCCAGGUCCAAAAGAAGUCAAAUAAAUUAGGAAAUGUCAAAUAAUCUGCAGCAAAAUAACACUGCGGUCAUUAUUCGGUCUGUACUGUGGGUGAAAUAGUAAACAUAUGAAGUAAUCUCUUCAGUUUCAAUCUUUGAUUUUUCUUUUUGCUUUCCAUAAAUACAAGAAGUUGCCAAAUCUCCUUGUUUUGCAUUGUAACCUGAUACUGUUAAUGUCACAUGUUGUACAUAUUUUACUGUAUGUGAAGAGGAAGAUCCCUUCUGAAAAUGGAUUAAUAGUUGUGCAUGAAAGUGUCCUCAUAGCUUUUGUCCCAUUUGCCUCAGUCAUUAUUACAUUUUGUUUAUAUUAAUUAAAAAAAAUACUGUUCAUUAUUUCUUUUAGUUUUACUUUUUGCACACUUUCCCUGAUC